AACGCCUCUUCCUCCCACGGACAGAUCGUCGUCUCGCCCAUCUCCCUCGCCCGCCAUGAUGUCCUCCACCUCGCCGCCGGACCUCGCCGCCGCCGGCGACGGGGACGGCUACAUGGAGACGCUCCCCCUCGCCGCCCCCUUCCCCGCCGCCUCCGAGUACGCCUCCGUCGCCUCCACCUUCGAUCCUCUCCUCUCCGCCGCCGCCGCCGAGCCGCCCUCCUCCUCUCCCACCCGCUCCGCCUUCCCGCUCUCCCCGACUUCCUCCUCCUCGUUCGUCGACCCGCCGUCCUACGCCGACGUGGCUGCCGCGUCCGCCGCGUCCUCGGCCGCCUCCUCCUCCUGCUCCCCGCGCUACGCCAGCGCGUCCUCGUCCGCCUCCCCGAGAUCCGCGCGCGCCGCGGCGUCCGAGUACGCCCUCAUCGCCGUCUCCGACCCGGCGCCCGAGGCCGAGCCCGCCGCCACCUCCCUCGUCCCCGGAUCCGCCCCGACCUACAUCUCCUACCUCGUCACCAGCGCCCGCCGCGGGGACCACCGCCGCCACGCCGUCCGCCGCCGCUUCCGCGACUUCGUCACCCUCGCCGACCGCCUCGCCGAGGCCUUCCGGGGACACUUCGUGCCCCCGCGCCCGGACAAGAACACCGUCGAGAGCCAGGUCAUGCAGCGCGACGAGUUCGUCGCCCAGCGCCGCGCUGCCCUCGAGAGGUACCUCUGGCGGCUCGCCGAGCACCCCGCCAUCGGGCCCAGCGACGAGCUGCGCGUCUUCCUGCAGGCCGAGGGCAAGAUGCCGCUGCCGAGCAGCACCGACGUGGCUUCGCGGAUGCUCGACGGCGCGGCGAGGCUGCCAUGGCAGCUGCUCGGUGAGGAGGCAGUCGCUGCGCCGCAGGAGGUGGUGCAGCCGGCCAAGGGCGGGAGGGACCUGCUGCGGAUAUUCAAGGAGCUGAAGCAAUCGGUCGUGUCCGACUGGGGCGGCGUGAAGCCGCCUCUGGUAGAGGAGGACAAGGAGUUCCUAGACAAAAAACAGAAGCUACAGGAUUGGGAACAGCAGCUGACUACCGCAUCACAGCAGGCUGAAUCACUUGUGAAGGCUCAGCAAGAUAUGGGUGAAACUAUGGGGGCACUUGGAUUGGCAUUCAUCAAACUCACAAAAUUUGAGACGGAGGAGGCAAUGUAUGACUCUCAGAGGAUAAGAGCUGCUGACAGCAAACAUAUAGCCACAGCAGCUGUCAAAGCUAGCAGAGCAUGUCGAGAUUUGAACACGCAAACUGUUAAAUAUCUGGAUACUCUCCAUGAACAUCUAGGGAUAAUGCUGUCUGUCCAUACUGCAUUUUCUGACCGAGCAAGCGCAUUAUUGACGGUACAAACGCUCAUGUCAGACUUGUCAUCAUUGCAAUUGAGGAUUGAAAAACUUGAAGCAGCAGCAUCAAAAAUAUUUGGUGGCGAUAGAUCUAGGCUUCGCAAAGUUGAAGAGUUGAGGGAAACAAUAAGGGCUACUGAAGAUGCUAAAUGCUGCGCACUAAGUGAAUAUGAGAGAAUCAAGGAAAAUAACAGAAGUGAACUCAGCAGACUAGACCGAGAAAGGAAGGAAGACAUGCUUGAGAUGAUCAAAGGAUAUGUUACAAGCCAAGCUGCAUACGCUGAGAAGAUCGUGGAUGGUUGGGAGGCUGUUGCAGAGGAAACGAGUGGGUACGCCGCCCGAAGAUCUGAUGAUUACAACAUGGCGUGGUAGCUUUUCAGCUUUCCUUCUCCCUUUGGUUGGCGGUACACUUGGGUACAUGUAUGUACAAUGUAAUCUAGGAGGGCCAAGGCCAAAACAGAAACACAGACCGAAUUCAAUUUGUUUUUCAUUUAUUUAAAGGAUAUAUUGGCGUAGUUCAAA